AUGGCGAAGGAACAGCGUCAUACAUACGCUCACAUACAGGAAGCAGCGGCACCCAUACGCAUAAACUCACAUGCAACGAGCGGCGUCAUACACGCACACACACACAACGACGGAUCUCCAAGCAUUCUUAACAGGACGAAAAGCAACCUGCAAAAGCGCAUCUUCACAGGAUUGGCCGACGGAACUGUACAGGACAGGUUAGCAUUUAUUGAGUCGGAAGCAGCUCGAGAGGCAGUAAAAAUUGAGGUUAGACUAUCGAAAAUAGAAGAAGUAUGGCGUAAAUUCGAAGAAGUACAAGAAGGUAUAGAGCUUCUUAAUUUAGAUGAAAGGGGUGAUCUAAUAGAUGAAGCAGUCGCAGAUAGAAACGCAAAUGAACGAGCAGCAUUCGAAGAACAGUAUUUAGAAUUGGAAGCGAACGCGCAAGCAAAACUCAGGGUAGCCAAGGCCGAGAAUGACUCGUUUCUGUCGUUAAUACAUAACAAUAGAAGUUUAUCCGCAAUUCAAAAAUUCCAAUAUUUACGAAGCUCAUUAAAAGGUGAAGCUCUUCAAAUUCUUAACUCAUUAAACACUUCCGUGCAAAACUACGAUAUAGAAUGGGAAUUACUAGUAAAGCGUUACGAGAAUAAGCGAUUGAUAAUUAACACUCACACAAAAGAAUUAUUAGAGUUCCCGGUUGUUUCAAAGGAAAGUACUGCAAGUCUGAGGACCUUUAUAGAUCAUAUUCGUACGCAUACACGAGCGCUAAGGUCAUUGGGUCAGCCAGUCGAGCAAUGGGACACGCUACUCAUCUACUUAGCUUCAACAAGGCUAGACUACAACACGAGACGCGAUUGGGAGGUAACAAUAAGUAAGCGAGAGCAGCAAAACAUGCCAACCAUGGAGGAGUUGUUAAACUAUUUAGGUGAACGUUGUAGCACGCUGGAAAUGCUGGACAAAGGAAAGCUAAAACAGGAAUUAUAUAAGCAGGCGACACAGAAAAACAUUGGGAGCGAGAAACGAGUAGCGCUUGUUGCAACGAGUGCAGAAAAAUGCGCUUUCUAUGAGGGAGACCACUUCCUAUACAAAUGCGAAGAGUUUUUAAAGCUAUCGGAAACUAAAAGGCGAGAAGAGGUCAUGCAAAGAGGGUUAUGUUUGAAUUGUCUCAGAAAAGGGCAUUUAGCUAAAACUUGCAAAUCAACGAGAUGCAGAAAUUGCUCGAAAUCACACAACACAUUAUUGCACGUAGAAUCGAGACAGCCUUCUUCUCAACCUGAAGGAACAUCAAAAACACAAUCUGUUGGGCUUCAUAGCGCUUGCAGAAGCAUAAUGGAAGUAGCAGAAAACAAACAGCAGACAACACUGAAAAGUGAAGGCUCACUAAUCAACGCAGGAGAGACAGCGAUGGCUACGUAUUGCUCAAGGAAGUCCAUUAGUCAUGUGAUGCUCUCAACCGCCCAAGUGUACGUUUGCGACGUAUACGGCAAUCAAAAAAGAAGUCGAGUCCUUCUGGAUCCAGGUUCACAAUCCAAUUUGGUCACUUCCAGUUUGAUACGAUUGAAGCUUUCAACAACAAAGGAGAAUGUGCCUAUAAGCGGCAUAAAUCGAUCUCAAACGAGAGUACAGCAAUCCGCCCGGAUCAAAUUGAAGUCGAUGUAUAACAACUUUAGUACAACUUUGGAUUGCUUGAUACUACCAACGAUAACGGAGAAAAUUCCGCAGAUAAAACUCAACGCAAUACUAAACUUACCAGAAGAUGGGCAGUUAGCUGAUCCUGCUUAUGGAACGCCAGGCGAGAUAGACCUGCUUAUCAGAGCAGGUUUAUUUUGGUCACUGAUGCGCAUGGGUCAUAUCAAACAAGAGAAAGAUCAGCCGACGCUGAUAGAGACACAAUUGGGAUGGAUUCUCGGAGGCGAGAUAAUCAACUCACAAGGGAUACCCGCAUAA